GGACAUCUGAACAUCCAAAAGGUAUUAGAAGUGACCAAAAGCCGGAGGCGAGGUAUAAACAGGUUGAAAGCUCUUUUCCCUUCGCUUCGCACAUUUGUAACGCAACAGUGUUACAUUAGCACCUCAACAUUCCCACAAUGGACAAUUCAGCUGCGAACUGUGAGCAAAAGUCUUUGGCAGGCUUAUCACCCACUGAUCCCGGUCUCUUUGCCUCUGGGAUUGCCUUGCAGGUGAGUAACUUGACUGUAUCACUCGCGUCUCGACCAGGCCCAAUGCGGCGACUAUGGAAUCGAGCUCUUGAGCAGUAUAGUGCAAGGCGCAAUACGACAUCUGACGACAAGAGCACAGAUUCAUCAAUCCUGCGGAACGUCAGCUUUACUGUUGGUCCUGGCCAAGUGUGCCUCAUUUUGGGAGAGUCUGGCUCCGGGAAAUCGACGCUGUUGAAUAUGAUUGCAGGAAGGGUGAAUAAAAGACAGAUCAAGAUCUCUGGAGACAUUCUUUUUAAUGGUGGAAGCCCAAAAACGCACAGGAAGUUUGGUCAGGUCGGGUACCUCCAACAGGAAGACCAUCUAUUGCCUUUCAUCACGGUACGAGAGACACUGCGAUUUGCAGCAGACCUGAGGAUACUCUCCAUGUCGAAAGAAGAGAGAGCGCAGCUAGUUGAGUCGAUCAUUACUGAACUCGGAUUGAACAAGUGCGCUGAUACCAGAGUAGGGGAUGCGCAGGGGUACGAGGAGGGUCAAGGAGGGACGCGAGGUAUCAGUGGGGGAGAGCGGCGACGCGUCUCGACUGCGAUUCAGUUGCUGACCCGUCCAAGCAUGCUCAUCUGCGAUGAGGUCACCUCAGGGCUGGACGCGUUCACGGCACUCGAGAUUGUCAAGACGCUUGACUCGUACGCCAAAUCCUCCAACAAGACAAUCCUUCUUUCGAUCCAUCAGCCGCGCUCCGAGAUCUUUCAUUUGCUUUCGGCAUCAGGAUGUCAACUCUUGCUACUCUCGCACGGCAAUGUAGUGUACGCAGGCCCUAUCAAUCGGCUCCUGUCGUGGUUUGUGUCGGCUGGGGUCGAGCCCUGUCCAGAGUAUAUGAAUCCACUAGAUUAUGCAUUGGAUAUUUGCAGCUCGAUAUCAUCAGGGAUAUCGCCAAGUUUCGACCGUAUGGACGAUCCAGAUUGUUGUAGAUUACCUUUUGAUACAGAGAAUCCGGCCUCGAACUCAAUGUUCUCGGUUUUAGAUCCACCGAACCUUGCUACAACCACUCAAUCGCAAAUCUCAACCGCUAAUUGUGGGACGACGCAGGAUCAGACAUAUGGACCACAAAACACGGAUCUGGGACGACAAAUUCUGGUCCUCUGCAAACGGAACUGGCUAAACACACGAAGGGACGCGCUCAUGUACUGGGGUUCGCUUGCAGUUCACAUAUUGCUCGCUUUUUCGGUCGCGGCUGUAUUUUGGAGGCUGGAUGGAGAUCAAGCAGGGAUUCGGGCGCGUGGGAGCGUGUGUUAUCUGUUGUGUGCGUUUCAGCCAUAUCUCAGUAUGAUCUUGGCGAUAUACAAGGGGGUUGCGGACAUGAGGGUAUUUGAGAGGGAGAGGAGGGAGCGGUUGUAUGGUCCGACGGCUUUCAUAGUGAGCCAUAUGAUUUGUAGCUUGCCGGUGGUUGUCGUUUAUACUUCAGUGUAUUCUCUGAUCAUAUAUAUGACAGUAGGGUUUCGGACAGAUGCGAGCGCGUACUUGCAAUGGUAUAUGCUGGUCAACAUUCUCUUCCAAUUGAUUAUAUCCGCGUUGGCAUUGCUAUGUACAGCUCUGGAACGUAACUUUGACCGAGCGACACUUAUCGGAAGCGCGUUCUUUUUACCAUUUGCCCUAUCAGCAGGAUUCAUUGUUUCUUCAAGUCAAAUCCCACUAUUACUCCGUUGGUUCAAGUACAUAUCCUUCCAUCGUCUCACAUACCAAAUCCUUAUCAGUCUGGAAUUCUCGGACCGUAGUUUCGAUUGCCCCUACAAGGUAUUGGCAGCCAAUGGUCUUGAUGAGCUACCGGACCCAUCAAAAUGUGCUUCAUGGAACGGAAAUACGAUUCUGCAGAGCGAAUUUGAAGGUCUUGUUCGUUUCUUCCCAGGCCCGAUCGCGUUACUUUUGAUCCACUUCUGUGUCUAUACUGUGGCGGCGUGGGCGGUUUUGUUGGCGAGACCUGUGGAUCAAGUGUAUGAGGCGGCUAAUGGGUCUCCGAUCGAGCAUGCGUUCCGAGUUCUGAUGAGUUUAAUUUACAGCGAGAGGCGCCAUAUAACCAAAGCGAGUCUUAGUAACAAGCGCACUCUUGACGAGAGUAAACUGCCCGCUGGGGAAGCGCAUUACGCAAUGACAGAGCUGGAUGAGUUGCGAUUUGACGCGCUUGAUGAUAACAAGCAUCAGGGGCAAACGCCGUCGGUGGCUAUUCGAGUCGAGAAUUUAUCAUUAUCUCUGGUGCGAUCAAACUGGGCAGGAUACAUCAGUGGGUGGUGGCCGGAGACGCGGCGAUCUCAGGCUAUGCAGAAGCCCCUGCUGCAGGACAUCAGCCUCGAAAUCCCACCAGCACAGCUCACUGCUAUCUUAGGAGGAAGCGGCUCAGGAAAGACGACACUGCUCAACACCCUCCUCAAUAGAAACUAUUCCAACAUGCAUGUGUCUGGCAACUUGUAUUUUAACGGAAUCAAGAAUCCGACCAUGGCCCAGACCAACGCUAUGUGCGGCUAUGUCCGACAAGACAAUGGAUUUUUGAUGCCACAUCUCACUGUCAGAGAGACCCUUCGGUAUGCUGCAGAACUUGGAAUGAGCCGCUCAUUGUCGAAAGCUGAAAAGUGGGUCAAGGUUGAGGAGAUCGUUGACGUGCUUGGACUACGAGGAUGCGCCGAUGUGAUGAUCGGAGGAUACGGCACUAUGGGAUGUUCUGGAGGUCAGAAACGACGCGUGUCUAUUGGUAUGCAGAUGGUCACAGAUCCUGCAUGCUUGUUCCUGGACGAACCCACCAGCGGUCUGGAUGCGUUGACCGCACUUUCUUUGGUACAGCUGCUGAAGCGGAUAGCAGCAAGUGGAAGAACUAUUGUGUGUACAAUUCACCAACCGCGAGGGGAUAUCUGGGAUGAGUUCGAUAAUGUCAUUUUGCUGAUGGAAGGCGGAAGACCAGCUUUUGCAGGAAAAGCAACCGAGGCAGUGAAUUUCUUUGAGCGAGCAGGGCAUGUCAUGCCCAAACACACGAAUCCUCCAGAUUUUAUAGUUGACACAAUAUCUGUCAACUCGCGUUCUGCAGAGCUUUAUGCAUCAUCCAGAGCGACAACGGACGCGCUCUUUGCCUUGUAUCGCGAGGAGAGCGAGAAGGAAAUACAACAAACGAUGGAUGGCGCCAGCUUUCUGAUUUCCCAGAAUCAGAUCCAAACGCCCGGUCGUGCUCGCGCUAGCCUUUCCAGUUCAAUCAGCAUCUUGACACGUCGUUCGUUCAAGAACGCGAUCAGGCAACCGGGCUCCUAUCUGAACCGGAUUUUACAGCCCGUUCUCAUUGUGCUCCUGACGGUGAUCUUCUUCUGGAGGUUGGAAUCGACCUCCGUGGGCCUGCUCAACCGCUUGGGACUUUUUCACCAAUUGAUGGGAGCCACACUGGCGGGGCUCAUGGUUCACAUCGAGGUGUUUCCGAGAGAAAGAGACAUUGCUUUUCGCGAGGUCUCUGACGGACGAUAUGACGCUACUGCAUUCUUAGUUUCGUACAUGAUCAACGAGUUGCCGUUGUCCCUACUCAGCGCGUGCCUCUCCGCAGGGAUUAUCUUUCAAGUCACAGGGCUCCAGACGAACGUCAAAAGUGUUUCUUCCAUGGUGUUGGUCAUGUUUGCAUACAUCACCACCGGAGAAAGCCUCGGUAUUGCUUAUUCAUCCUGGUUCGUAUCGAAUGGAGGCCUUGGUGUGGCGUUUAUGAACUCAACGGUGCUGUGGAUGUCCUUUAUGGCAGGAUUUCUGACACCGAAACUGCCAUGGAUCCUUUGUCAGAUGAACUUCGCCUCCAUCUUUCGGUAUUCUGCGCGAGUACUGUCUUUAAACGAGUUUCGAGGCCUGGCUAUGAUGACGGUAUCGACAUCGGCAUCAGCAUCGGCAUCGAUCGUUCCUUCAGAUAUAGGUUUAAUAUCGAACGCAUCUUUGACACAGACACCACCAUCGUCGACCCCUUUUCAGAAGGGUGAGGCUGUGUUAGAAUUUUUAGAUUUUGCGGACCAGAGUUUGGAGCGCUGUAUUGGAAUAGUCUUUGGGCUGAUGAUGCUGUACAGGGUGAUGGCCUGGGGUACCCUUGUUGCCAGGGCAAGGUCCUUGUGCUCGAGGUGAUAUACGAACAGGUGUUAUUGCUAUAAAGGCGAAGCACAUGAUACUGAUGAUCAUGGCGAUCCCGGGAAUCAAAGAUGCUUACUGCUUGAGGAUAAUAAUGGGAAAGGGGGCAUUGCUCGAGUGCAUCUUCUCACGAGGGAAGGUCGCAAUGGACCUCAGCACCUCAGCCCACAUGGCACAAGGUCCGAAUCCAAAUAAAGAAUGC